AUGUGGAGUGUAGUAGAUAGAAAAUGGGAAAAGGUUCAUGGGAAGGACAGGGAGGAUCAAGAGUUAUUGGGUCAUAAUAUUGCUGUUACAACGGAAAAGCGAGAUUUGGAACUUGCAUUUGCCAAUGUAAUGGAUGCGGAGGCGAUUGAAAAGGAGGCACAUGCAGCAGCGUUAGUUCAAGUCGCGCAGAUGUUCCAGAGACCUGAUCAGCUUGAAAAAAUAGAUGUGUUCAAGAAAAGAGCUGACCGGAAAAAGACUGCUGUGGAAGCGAUGCUCCGAACUGGGGUGCAAUCGCAAUUGGAAGGAAUUCGAACAGCAAUCGGGCAUUUGUCCACAACUGUUGAUGAUAUCAAAGGUGUUGAGACAAACUUGCAAGAAAUUUAUGUCACUCUACUGGCUUUUCCACAACUGAAAAAGAAAAUGGCGAAAUUACGAGAGGCAAACUUGAAAAAUGGUCAGUAUUCUACUGCAAUAGGCCAUUUGCAACACAUUCAUAAAAUUAAUGAAACAAUUGAUAAGACGCGUGAGUAUAUUCAAGAUGGCAGACUUCUUUUGGCGCAUAAAAAUAUUAUGGAAAUGGAGCACGCUCGUGAUGAUUUAAUGUAUGAACUUUUAAAAUCAUAUUUUUCUGAUCUCGAAAAAGUCGUUCACGAAUUAGCAAAGCAGCUGUGGUAUGUCUGUUCUCGUUGCUUGGAAGCAGUAUGUGGUACAGAACAAGGCCCCAUACAAUUGGUCACUGCUCUUCGUAUUAUAGAGCGUGAAGAAAGAAUUGAUCAUUAUUAUAUGGAGCGACGACCCUCUUCUGGUGACUUCAUUCCUCCUGGUAGACCUCGUAAUUGGCGAAGUAGAUGUUUGGAAGUCAUUGCAAGCACAGUAAAACAACGAAUUGAGGGUAAUCAGUUAGAAGACCGGUCUUUAAACAAGCAGUGGCUUGCUAGGUAUUUGGAGGUAUGUCGCCUGGUGCUUGUGAAUGAUUUGAUGGUGGCAAAAAGUGCAGCUUCACCGUGUUUUCCACCUUAUUACGAAAUUUAUGACCGUUUUGUAUCAAUAUAUCAUAAUCUCUUGUCAGGACGUCUUCGUGAAAUUGCUUCUGAUAGAUUGGAAAAGAACGAACUGGUGCAGCUUCUUAGUUGGGUCAAUUCUUAUGGAAGUGAACAGAUUUUGGGAAAUUCGCGAUUGCAAAUCAAUGUUAAUGCAUUACUGGGAGAUCAUCCUCUUCUGUCAAAAUCCACUAUCACUCAACUUUGUGAUAGAUUCAUCGAAAUAAAUCGACAAGAUAUGCGCGAAUGGUUAGAGAAAACUUUAAUGCAGGAAAAGGAUGAUUGGUACAAGAAUGUACAUCCAGAAGAAGAAAGAUUAGGAUAUUUCUACACACAGUUGCCAAGCAUAAUUUUUGGAAUGAUCGAAGAUACGAUUUCAUUAACGAAAGAAGUCUCUCAUGAUAUAAUACCUAAUGUUGUAGAAGCCAGCGUUGAAGAAUUUCUAAAUUUUGCUAACAAAUAUAAAGAUGCUGCUGUAGCUUAUAAAACGAAGCAUUUCGAAAAUCGCAGUUAUUUCAAUGAAUUCACCGCAACAAUGAUAGCAGUUGCCAAUAAUUUUGAUAUAUGUGCCGACUCAACAGAGAGGUUGAAGCAGCAUAUUCGACUGACCAUGGAAGCAGACAUUUCAAGGUCAGAUUCAAAUGCUGAAAAAAGCUCGUCUAUAAUGACUGUUUCUAGACAAACAUUGCUCGAUAAAAUUGAUCAGUUGAAGAAGCGCUGGAAUAUUGGGCUGCAAUCGACUAUUGGUACUUUACUCGAUGAAGUUUGUGAAGAUAUUUCUCCACAUCUUGCUGAAAUUUUAACGAAAAAGUGGUACUAUUACAUUCAAGUACUUAAUAGCACUUGAAU